AUGCUGGCAAAAUAUGGUUUUAGCAAGUUAGGACGGUUGCCAAAAGGUAGUUACGUCAGUUGGUGUAGAUUAGGGAUGAUUAGUCGUGGUUACGUGUCUCAAACGAACAAGACUAAUACUGCUGUUAGGUCUGUGGAAUUUUUGAAUGAUUCUUUGAUGCCUGAUGACCAGCAUCAUCACAGUAGUGAUAGUAAGAACGUUCAUUAUAAGCCUCCAAGUACUGUAGAGUAUUUACAGACUUUGACAAAGCCAGAAUUGUUGUCAUUGGGCUGUAUUGGGUUGGUUAGCAGUAGCAAACUAACAUUAGAUGCUGCCAUUAUGAUGUUUCCAUAUGUCCCUAUGCCAUUGAUUAAAAUCAUGGUGUCUUCAUUGUAUUGUGGUGGUUCCACUAUGGAAGAGGUUAGAGAUUGCGGGAAAAUAUUGCAGGAUAGGGGCAUCUCAAACAUGAUGUUAUCCUUGACGAUUGAAGAUUCCGAGGGGACUAAAGAUAUCGAUAUUGAUUUUAUUGUUAACGAGACUAUCAAAUCUAUACAUGAAAUUUUGAAACCAAAUAUUUUGAGUCAAUUGGAGGCUGCUGCUGAUGUCAAUUCAGUUGUCCCAGGCUAUAUUGCUUUAAAACCUUCUGCAUUGGUUUCUAAUCCUAGUCAAGUGUUUUUGAAUUUCAAUAACCCAGAUUGGAAGGCACAACGUGAUGUUUUGAUAGAUAAUUGCACUAAAAUCACGCAAGCUGUUUACGAUCUGAACCAAGAGUUAUUAAAGAAGUAUCCUCAAAGAGUAUCACCUUUCUUCGUAUCAACUAUCGAUGCUGAGAAAUACAAUUUCCAGACUAAAGCUGUUUAUGAGUUGCAACGUAUUUUAUUCAAGAAGUUCAACCCGGUCUCCUCGCCAAUUAUCUCCUGUGUAGGGACUUGGCAAUUGUAUUUAACUGAUUCUGGGAAACAAAUUGACCAGGAAUACAAACUGGCUCAAGAAGGCAACUAUAGGUUAGGUAUGAAAUUGGUUCGUGGAGCCUAUAUCCAUACAGAACCAAACCGUGAUGCGGUGAUCCUUCCCUCAAAAGAGGCCACUGAUAUCAAUUACAAUACCAUAAUGUCAAAGGUAAUUAAUGACUUAUUGAUAAAGGGAUCGAAAUCAUCGUAUGGUCACUUGGUAGUAGCCUCACAUAAUUAUGAUUCCCAAAUGUUAGCUACAGAUUUGCUAACUCAAGGAGGUUCUAAUUAUGGGAAAGCAAAUGUGACUUUAGCUCAAUUGCUAGGCAUGGCUGACAAUGUCACCUACGACUUGAUAACUCACCAUAACGUGAAGAAUAUCAUCAAAUAUGUUCCUUGGGGUCCUCCAUUAGAGACCAAGGAUUAUUUGUUGAGGAGAUUACAAGAAAAUGGUGAUGCUGUCCGUAGUGAUAAUGGCUGGCCAUUGGUAAAGGCAGUUUUCAAAACUUUAUUCACAAGAAAGAAAACUGCAUAA